AUGUCCGACCAACCUCCCUCACACGGUCAUCCGAAUUAUGCACAACAAUGGCCUCCUGCAUACCCUUCGAUGAUUCCUCCGAACUUUCCAGUCAGUUCAGAUUAUUCUCAAAUACACCAGCCACUGGCGACAAAUCCUGGGCCGACCUUCGACUAUAACAUGGGAGGCGUUAACGCGAAUUCGCGAAUGCCAGGUUCAAAUGGCGCUGGAAACUCAACAUUCGUUCCGCCUCAGUUUCCCUUCUUCAACCACUUCGACGCAUCCCGGUUUCCACCUCCCUUCCCUCCAAUGCCGUUUGCUCCGAUGAGCUAUCCCCCUAUGCCAACAGGGUCCUCAAAUCCCGCCAUGCCCUAUCAGGGUCUAGAUGGACAUGGCUCACACCAAAUAUCAACAGAAGCCGUACGUCUGAAAGACACCCCAGUUCAGGCAAAUAAUCACCGUGAAGAGGGUGAAGUUAGUGAAGAAUUGGAUGAAAAAUCAGUACAACCGAAGUCUACGCGCCAGUAUUUGGACCUAGAAGAAGGAGAAACCAUAUCUUCUAGUGCGCAAUCCGCUAGGAGUACAUACAACCCUCCUUUGUCAGUCUCCGCAGAGGCAAGCAUGGUCCAUCAUGCGAUGCAGUCUCAGCAGCCGUACCCGCCUGCAACUGUCCCCGCCCCUCCACCUCGGAAAUCAGCGGCGCAGCUACGAAUUCAAGCCCAAGGCGCGUUGCUCAGCUUGGCGCCCCAUAACAUCCGCUACGAUGAACUAGUCGCAGAGGGUAUCAACCCUAUGAUCCUGAAACGCCUUUACGACGAAGUUGGCAUCAAGGUCACCGCAUCGCCUGUGCAAGGUCCACCAGUUCCUGAGAAGGCCUCCGCCGUGACUGUAUUUGCUAGCAAGGGAUUAGGAUCUAGCAGCUCCUCUGAGGGGACCAAGAUAGUGAAAGAGACUCACGGCACCACGAAGUCGGAUUUGCCAGUGCCCCAACCUUGCGCCCCAUCUGCCGCCCCUCCCCCCAAAGCUGGCAAGCCUCUGGAGCGAAAGGAACUGAUCGCCCGGAUGCUGGCUGAGAAAGCUGCCAAGACGACAUCUAAAGAAACUUCACCCACUGGCAGUGCGAAACCCCCUCCCGCUAUACCAGUUGAUGCUGCCCGUUCGGUUCCAAAGGAAGCUCUCGUGAAGGAAAAACGCAAAGCCCAGACGGAGUUGGCAAGGCAGCGAAUUGAGGAACUCAAAAGACAGACUUUGCUGAAGACCCAGAAAUUGGCUCAGGCAAAUCUGCCACCCAUCCAGUUGGAAUCUCCGGCGCCAGCUAUUCAACACCCGCUUCCUCUUCGACCUCCUGUGCCCGAAUCUCGUCGCUCUGCCGGCCUUCCAGGACUUCUCAUGGCUGGAUUGGAGCAGGAGCCACAUGAACCACUUGCCUCUGAGCCGGUACAUGUGAUGGACCUUGACUCAACACCUAUGUCUCAAACUUCCCAACGCAAGCGGCCUCGGGCGUCCGAUUUCGAUGAGCCAGUUGCACCUCCGAAGAAGCAUUUUAACCCGGCUGUGACUCGGUUCGACCCUGCCGAUAAACUCAUCAUUGCAAUCAGCGACGAUGAAUCACUUUACGGCGAUGACGAGGAUGACAAUAUGGAGUUGGAUUCGAGCUCAGAGCAGGAACCAGUGCCGAUAGUGACCUCGACCAUUGUGAAUCCUUCUGUCCAAUCAAAUCCUCCUACCACCCGGGCUUCGACAGCUACGCCACAAGGACCUUCUAGUCUCAGUGACCAAGGGGACAUUCGACUAAAAGACAUGGAAAUUCAAGCUAUGCGCCGCAAGAUUGCGGAGCUGGAGCUACGAAGGAAAUCAAAGCUCGCUGCCAGCCGAACCCAGUCGCCUCGCACCCUGGAUGACUCUGGGGCAUCAUCAUCAUCCGGUGGACAAACCAGCGUGGUAGCAGCUACUUCUGAAGAUUCUUCAAAUGCUAAGCCAACGACGGCCGCCCCUGAUACGCUUAUGCCGGCUACCCCUGUUGCCCAACUAGAUGCAUCAAUCGAAGGCACUACUACUCGAGAACCAUUUAAAGAAUCCCAUGCUGAGGAAGUGGCAGAUGGUGUAAUCGAUAGCACAGCAAAGGCAUCGGCUUCGUUCGAGUCCGAUUCAGCUGGGUCGGCUAUGCAAGAAUCUGAUGACAGCAGCAGUGAUAGUUCCGAUUCGUCCAGCGAGAGUGAGGACGAACCUACUACUUCGCCAGCUCAAGCCGAUCUUGAUCCUACUACUAUGCCAUCAUUCUCAGAGCCCAUGGAGAUUGACUCUUCGGAGCGAUCGACGUCUCGGAGCUCGCCCUCUGCCAUCACCCAUCCCAGUGCAGCUUCUGCCGACGAAUUCGUUUCUCAACAUCACCUUAGCGAACAAUCUCAGCGUGAGGAGUCUGCGGAAUCUGACGGUUAUGAACCCCCAGAGCCUGAUGCUGAAUCACAGUCUGAAGGCUCCAGUUACAGCCCUCCUCCUUUCAGCCCAGCUCUUUCCGGUCUCGUAGAAAACACGGCAGUCUCGGCACCGUCAUUUGACUUGACUCAAGCUGAUGAAGAACUAACCAGCACGCCUCAGAUGUCAGACCCAUUACCUCGGUCGGAUUUGCAGGUUGGCGCUCCUGGCACUGAAGCAUCGCCCGCUAUUUCGGAGCGAAGAUUCACGCCGUACACCAGCCCACUGCGAACUUUCAAGGCUUAUCGCUACCACCCGCAUUAUGCCGAAGACGUUCCGAGUGGCUACCGCUCGCUAACUUACAGUCAUAAUAUCGAUUCCAUGAAAUACAUGUGUCCAUAUGAGUUGGCCGGGGGUGUCUGCAAUGACCGAUCCUGCGAGUUUCAGCAUUUUCGAGACAUGACUCUAAGCGACGACAAGAUUCUCGUCCAGAUGGGCUCUGUCCGAGAGGGUCAAACCGAAGAAGAAAAAGAAGCAUAUCUCGCUGGUCUGAAAGAGAUCAUCAACGACUUACGGCGUGACAAGGUGAAAGAUUUCAACACUGUGGCCUCUGAGAUAGCCGCAUACCGUAGGCGCUUCCUCCAAGACCCGUCGCGUGUCUUGUCCCUGUAACAUUCUCCCUCAUUCAUUGGACCCUUUAAGAGUCCUCUCCAGGUGAGCUGUCUUCCAUCAGUCUUGUGAACACCGGCGUCGAAAGAACUUCGAUGGCGGGGGAAAAACAUCAUCAACACAU